AUGAUGAAGGGGAGAACAACCAACACUGUCCAGUCAAAGCGAUCUACUAAGAAUGGAAAAAAAGAUCAGAAGCUGCAGAAGAAGAAUAGCCAGAAAAGACUGUCAGACCAAGAGAAACACAAUGACUUAAACGCUGAGGAAGAUUCGAACAAUCUCUCUACAGUAGCAACUGAUUCAACCACACACUCAGAUCCAUCUGAGGCUUACGAGACAGUGGAUGUUCGUUACUUGGAUGAUGAUGUAACGGAGAGAAAGGAGAAAGAGGACAGUGUAAAUGGAUCCGUUCAUGGGUUGGAGAAAGAUGAUGAUGAACAAGAAGUUAAAGAUGUCUGGGAAGAUGCUUCCAAUGGUGGUCUUAGUGCUGGAAGCGAGAACGAUUCCCCUGAUGUAACAGAGAAUAAUGGUGAACACUUAGAAGAUGUAUCUUCCAAAGAGGAGAUUGAUCAUCUCGAGGCAAGAAUCGAGAGACUUGAAGAGGAGCUUAGAGAAGUUGCAGCACUAGAGAUUUCUCUUUACUCUAUUGUUCCGGAUCAUUCUAGCUCAGCACACAAGCUUCACACGCCUGCAAGGCGUCUUUCUAGAAUCUACAUCCAUGCAUGUAAGCAUUUUACUCGAGGAAAGCGUGCUAGGAUCGCUAGAAACUCUGUUACUGGUCUUGUUUUGGUUUCCAGAUCUUGUGGGAAUGAUGUUUCAAGGUUGACCUUCUGGCUAUCAAACAUCAUAUCUCUAAGGGAGAUCAUUUCACAACAGUUUGGUAAGUCUCACAUCACAGAGACCACUGAAUCAAAUGGGAGUAAGAAAGGUCUACAACAGCUUUUGGAGGAUUGGCAAGAAACUGAAACAUUUACUACUUCACUUGAAACAAUCGAACACUGGAUCUUUUCUAGAAUCGUUGAGUCUGUUUGGUGGCAGGUCUUUACUCCUCAUAUGCAAUCCCCUGAAAGCAACUCAUCUGAGAAGCAAGGAAACUUUUCUAUUAGCUUAUGGAACAAUGCUUUCAGAGAAGCUCUUCAACGGCUUUGUCCUGUGAGAGGCUCAGGGAACGAAUGUGGUUGCUUACCUGUUUUGGCUAGAAUGGUGAUGGAGAAGUGUAUUGGUAGAUUCGAUGUAGCAAUGUUCAAUGCUAUUCUGCGUGAGUCAGAACACCAGAUUCCAACUGAUCCUAUCUCUGACCCUAUUCUUGAUUCCAGAGUUCUGCCUAUCCAUGCUGGAGACUUAAGCUUUGGUUCAGGAGCACAACUCAAAAACGCGAUUGGUAACUGGUCUAGAUGCCUCACUGAAAUGUUCGGAAUGAACAGCGAAGAUGAUGAUCAUGUAGAAAGUGAAGGCAGUGAUAGUAGUAAAGCCUUUGUAUUGUUAAAUGAACUUAGUGAUCUUCUUAUGCUACCAAAAGACAUGCUUAUGGAAAGUUCCAUCAGAGAAGAGAUAUGUCCGUCAAUCACUCUACCAGUAAUCAAAAGAAUACUCUGCAACUUUACUCCUGAUGAGUUCUGUCCAGAUCAUGUACCAGGAGCUGUCCUAGAAGAGCUCAACUCUGCUGAGAGUAAUGGUGAUGGGAAGCUAUCAGAAGAAAGCUUCCCUUAUGCAGCUUCCUCAGUUUCUUACACGCCUCCAUCGACCAAGGAUGUAGCAGAGAAAGUAGCAGAGUCUGCAGGGAAAAUGUCAAGGAAUGUGUCUAUGAUACAGAAAAGAGGCUACACAAGCGACGAGGAGCUUGAGGAACUGGACUCUCCUCUUACAUCCAUCGUAGACAAAUCUAGCGAAGUUACUGAUUCAGCAACCACAAAUGAAAGAUACAAGCUUCUUCGACAAGUGUGGGUUUAG